AUUUUGUCUAUGAUUAUGAAGUGGGUCACGCACGGAUCCAUACGGAUUGUCUCCUUAACUACGAUACUAUCAAGUGUUUCGGUGGGGAGGAGUAUGAGGUGCAGAUAUAUACGGAGGCUAUUUGGGAGUAUCAAAGUUUGGAGAAGAGGAUCGUUCGAGAGUGUUUUCGUCUCAUCUCAUUUCGAAAUCCACGUUUUGCUUCAAAUUUUCAAACCAAACCUGCGUUUCAUUUCAAUCGCAACACAAGUGCUAGUCACACCUAUAAUAUCUCUCAACCGCUCAUCAUCACCUCCGGUCUUCUAGUCUGUUCUUUGAUCGUCGCGUCGCGCACCACGAGGGGACAG